AUGUUUGCAGUCGCAGCAUUGAUGACAGGAAAUGCAUUGGAACGGAGAUUAGAGGAUAUAAUUGGUAAAAAUACCACUGAAAUGUACAAUUCACAAAUGAAUGUUAAUGCUGAUUUAGCUAUUCAAUUAAUGGCUACUUUAACGUUUACUGUUGGUUUCGUUAUGACAAUUUUCGCCAUUCUACAAUUGCAUUUUCUUACUGUUUAUUUGGCUGAUCCAGUUGUUGGUGGUUUUACGAUUGGUGCAGCAUGUCAUGUAUUCGCAUCACAAAUGCCAAAACUAAUCGGUGUUCAAAUAGCACCAAGAUCUGGCCCAUUUGGCCUUUUGAAAUUACCAUACUUUCUGUUCGAUUUUGUGGCAUUGCUGGGUGAAGCAAAUUUAUGUGUUGUUAUCAUAUCAGUGAUAUCAAUUGUUAUAUUGAUGGUUGGAAAGUACAUUUUGAAUCCAUUAAUACAGCAACGAAUUCGAAUACCAAUGCCAUUUGAACUUCUUGUGAUGAUAGCAGGUACGUUGAUGGCUUACAUAUUCGAAUUAAAUGUGAAACAAAAAGUUGCUAUUGUUGGAUUAAUACCAUCUAAAUUACCAAUGCCGACAAUACCAGACUUCAAUCAUUUUAGUGCAUUUAUUUUGGAUGCAGUGGUAAUCGCUAUAGUAAUUUAUUCCGUAACAGUAUCUGUAGGGAAAGUAUUUGCGAAAAAGCAUGGAUAUCAUAUUAAUCCUAGUCAGGAAUUGAAAGCGAUGGCGAUAUGCCAAUUGGUGGGUGGUUUCCUAAGUUGUCAUCCUGCAAGUGCAAGUUUAUCACGUGCUCUUGUAAAUUCGGAAUUGGGUGCUACCUCUGAGCUUUCGAGCGUUGUAGCUGCACUUGUAGUAUUAUUGGUCAUUUUGUUGGUUGGACCACUACUCUAUUAUUUGCCAACGUGCGUACUGGUAUCAGUAAUAGUUGUAGCUCUGCAGCGCAUGUUUCUAAGAGCUACAGAAGUUACUCAGUAUUGGAAAACUUCAAAAAUUGACCUGCUUAUUUGGUUAGUAAGUUUUUUGGGCACAUUUCUAUGGAACGUGAGCCAAGGACUUGGUGUAGCCAUAGCAUUCGCUGUGUUAACUGUUAUCAUUCGCACACAGUGGCCAAAAGCUGUGAUACUUGGUGGGAUGGAAGAUACCGAGCUAUAUAAGGACAGCCACCGUUACAGUGGAUCAUUAAUAUCACCUACUAUCGCAAUUUAUCGCUAUGAUGCACCUUUACUUUUUCUAAACAGCAAUUCAUUUAUCAAUAAAGCUCUUGAUAUCGUUGACGAUAAAUUGAAAAUGUUAAAUGAAAAGGAAAAACUUUAUCUGAUCAUUGAUGCUUCUGGAUUUACAUACAUCGACUAUACCGGAAUCGAAAGAUUGAAAGAUUUGUCGCAAGAAUUGAAAAUUCGCAAUGUCGAAAUGUUUGUGGCGGCCUCGAAAGCAGAAGCUCGGAUACUAUUCGCUAAAUGUAACAUCUAUAAGGUGAUUCCGUCGACUAAUUUCUUCCCAUCCGUUCAUGAUGCCGUAUUGUUCGCUAAUGCUCAACAGAUGAAACAAAAGAAUAUUUGCAAAGAACGAAACACAAUAGACUAUGCAUUUACACAACAUUUAUAA